ACAAGUCAAAAUGAUGAAGACUGUGUUGAUGGUUUCUUUGGCCUCUCCGCUGCUUUAUGGUGUAGGUUCGUUUAUAACAAGAUCAAAAUCCGUCGCAAGUUCGAUUUGGUCCGACUACUUCAAGCCGCCGCUAAACCCCGUUUCAUGUUCAACAGAUGGCCACGAAUUUAUUAUGUUGGAAACGAGAGAUGCUCCACCUGCACACUUCCUCACCAAAAUUGAAUCUUUUUCCUUACUUUCUGAGUAUCGUAUUUCAAAAUACGAAUCUAAAGUAUUUGAAGUUGAUGGUUACAAAUGGAGACUCGUAAUUUAUCCUAACGGGGAUGAGGGUCAAAUUAAGGGCAACAAUGUUUCCGUAUAUUUAGCCAUGGCUGACACUAGUUCGUUGCCUGUAGAUUGGGAGAUAUAUGCCGAUUUCACCAUCUUUCUCUAUGAUCAGUUUUCGGAUAAUUAUUUAUGUUUUAGAGGUAAUUACUAUGGACCUAGACAAAUGUUGUUUUCUUCUAAUUAAAAGUAAUUAGACAGUUUCUUAUUGUUGUUUUUAAUCUUGUUGGCCAGGAAAUGUGAGGCGCUUUCACGCAACUAAAUCCAAAUGGGGAUUUCCCAAAUUUAUGUCUAAGAAAAGUUUGAGAGAUCAAUCGAGCGGAUACCUUGUUAAGGAUAACCUUGUGCUUGGAGCUGAAGUUUUUGUCAUGAAAAAACAACGAAUCGUUGAGAGUGUGACAGUGCUUAAACCGAUGUAUACGAGAUUACGUGAUUGGAAGAUUGUUGAAUUCUCUAAAUUGGAAGGUGUUUGGGUUUCUGAAGAAUUCAACAUGAGAGAUGUUGAGUGGAAGUUGAAGCUAUAUCCAAAUGGAUAUUUCGAUUCAAAUGGAGAUGUGAGUUCAAAGGGCAAUGCCAUGUCAAUGAGUUUGGUAUGUGUUAGCGCUGAAAAAUUUACGGUUCAUCAAAAAGUAAAGGCAAAGUUUCACAUGCGCCUAAAAGGCAGAUCCGACCACGACUCUGGAAAACUUUCACAUUGGUUUACAUCUUCGAGUACAUGUUGUGGACAAAGUGCAUUCAUAAGUCUUGCUAAACUGCGAGAUCCAGAAAAUGGCUUCCUUGUCGAUGAUUGUUGCACUGUACAGGUAGAGAUUUUUGUUCAACUUGUUGCAUAG